UGAUAAUUAUAUUCAAAUUCAAUGGAACAAUAUUGAAGAUUGUAAGAGUAAAGCACCAACAUUAGCUAGACUAAAUGUUUUUCUCUUUUCCUAGCGCAAAGGUUUAAUUUUGAUCGCUAUGCAGCAAUAUCAUGAGAUUUUAGCUGAAUAUUAUGCAGCAUCUGGAUAUAAAAAGGUAUCAAAAAUCAAUAUUAUUAAAGGUUUUAUUGCAACCGUAAUUUAUCCAUUAGAUAAAUCAGCCAUUCCACCACAAAAAAUAUUAAAAUGUAAUCAGUUGAUUGAAGCUGAUAUUGCUGCUGCUGCUGAACAAGAAACGGCUGACACAGAAGAUGAUGAAGAACCACACCGAACACCAACGCAAAGGUUUAAUUUUGAUCGCUAUGCAGCAAGUGAAGUGAAUACAUUCAACCAUAGUUAUGAUUAUGGUGAGUAAAUACGUAUGUUUUUUUCAUGACUUUUAUUUAAGUAACAAAGUCAAUUUUUUAGGUUCAGUAAUGCAUUACGCUCAAGAUGCUUUUUCCAAAAACGGCAAACCAACAAUGAUCCCUACUUAUCCAG